CUUCUCUGUGAUUGUCUGUGGUAAACAAAUAUUUUUUCUAUGAGAUUUCAAUAAAAUCUUAAAAAAAGAUAUUAAUUUAGUGUAAAAAUAUUAGUGAAAAUUUCUUAAAUUAUGUUAAUAACAAAUCCUGAUUUAAUAAACAGUUGUCGGGUGUGCCGUAGCCCCAAUCAGGAUGGUGAUUAUGAAUGUUUAUAUCAAAAUAGUGGACAACACGAGGAUGGUCUCCAGUUAAGUGAGGCUGGUCUGCUAUAUGAAAAUCUAUUGGAUAUUUCCCUUACUAAGGGCGAUGCUUAUCCGCAAUUUUUGUGCAAUAGUUGUGAUUUACAAAUGAAACUUUUCAAAAAACUCAAAGACAAAGCCUACAAGACGUUGGAAUACUUACAAAAUCUAUAUGAAGAACAGUUAAACUCGAAUAAACUUAAAACUGAACAGAAAGAUGAAGAAAUGCCUCAAGACAAUGGCCAGGAGCCGGUGGAAUCUGCAGAGGAAUAUAGCAGCUUAGCAAAUGAAUAUGUUAAAAUAACCAGUGAAUAUCAGGAAAACGCUCGGGAAGAUUAUGCCCUAAUAACUGCUAAUGAGUAUGAAAAAACUUCCAUUGAAGAAUUUCCCGAUAAUGUGGUGAAUGAGUAUCAGGAAACCUCCUCCCUUGAAUACCCAGCAAACCAAAGUAGUGAUUACCAGGAAAGUGUAAACUCUGAGUAUCCAAACAAUGAAAAUGAGUUUCACUACCUAGGAGAGAACUCUCAACAGCAAACAGAAAUAGAUCAGGAAACUCCCCUAAAUAUACAAACACUGGCCGAACAAUUGAAAUUAGACAUCGAACAACCUACCAUUACCGACAUAAAAUAUCGUUUCUCUGCCGAAGAAAUAACCGAAAAUCCAAACAGCUCCCAAGAAACAAUACCGCAAAUUCGUUUAGACUUGGAGCCGAUCAUUGAUAAAACGGAUUAUGUUACCGAAAUCUAUGAGCUGCUAGACGAUGAAAGCAAACAAGAAACAUUAAAUGAAAGCAAUGGAAAUACUGUAGAAUACGAUAUAUAUACAGAGGAAAAACCGGAAGAGACUAGUUCAGUAUAUAGUGAUGUGGAAUAUGUAAUCGAAGAGGAAAUGUGUGAUGAUGAGGGUGAGUCAUUGGAAAAUGUGAUAGAAUUAAAAGGUACAAAUCGAGGAGAAAGGAAACUGAAUAAUACUAACCGGAGAAAGAAUGCUGAAAGAGUGGAACCGAAGUACCAUGACAAUAAAUAUCCCUGCAGUAUAUGUGCCCGUGAACUAAAAUCCCUGCCCAGUUUGCAUCAACACAUGAAAAUACACAACGAACAGCCGGCCUAUCAGUGUAACAUUUGUCAGAAAACCUUUAAUCAAAAGGCCCACUAUCUCUACCACAUGAAUCGACACAAUAAUAUACGCAAUUUUAAAUGUACGGAAUGUGAUAAAACGUUUAUUGCUAAAACCGAUUUAAAGGUACACAUGAGAACUCACACUGGAGAUAGGCCAUAUGUUUGUAAUAUCUGCGGCAAAGAUUAUUUAAUGAUGGAACAUUUGAAAACACAUCUUCUAACGCAUACCGAACAAUAUUUUCAAUGUGAUAUUUGUAAUCAUAAGUUUGCCACACAUAAGACGCUGAGAAUGCAUGUGCGAACGAUACACGAAGAUGAGCCAAGAUUUAAGUGUAGUUUCUGUUCGAAACCUUUUCGUAGAAAACAUCAUUUGGAGUAUCACUUGAAAUUGCAUCAAAAAAAUGUAAAAUUUUUAGAUAGCCAUUAUGAAAUGGUAGAUGUGGACGAUCCCGAUGCUGUAAUUAAUACCGACACGGACUAUAAUGCUGAUGAACUUGUUGAUCAAGAACUAGUAGAUGAUCCUGGCUUUAUAGCUUUAAAACGAUGA